AUGAUUUUAAUUUUUCUUCUUUGCUUGGAUGCUUUAAAAUCAAUUGAAAUUUAAACUUUAGACCCUUAUUAUCAAGUUGCUUAUCAAUCGGUAAAGAUUGAUGAUGAGAUUAUUCAGCCAAACCAAUUUUUUAGUUAUGGUCUUUGGUCUCGAUAUAAUCCUUUAAGUGCUAUAUCUUAAGUUGGUCCUGUUGGAAUUUUUGGAAGUAAUUGCUACUAAUUACUGAAUAUAAUUGAUAAGGUAGAUGGUGGAAUAACUUUUAUGUAUUUCGAUUGUUUACAUAAUGAGAAAUAUCAAAUAACAAAAGAAAUCAAAUUUGUUAAUGAUAAUGGAGAAUAGAAAGUUUAUGAAACUCAGAUUGAAGCAUAAGAAUAUGAAAGCUUUUGGUAUUUUCUUGAAAUAAUCUAAUGGCCAAUUAAAAAAAGAUUUGAAAUUUUUAUAAUAUCCCAAAAAGAAUAAAAAUUUUUUAUAAUGGAUUAAAUGAAAUCCCCAUUUAAGGGAAAGGAUUUACAAUUAACUUUUGGAGGAAGCUUGAUUGUAAGUAAAUCGAAAAUAGAAUCAGUGUUAAUCAAUCAGAAAUUCUCAUACUUUCCUGGAAAAAUUAUCAUGUAAUAGUUUAAGAUUCUGGAAGAAUUAAGUAUUGAUGAUUGGUUUGAAUAUGCAAAAAGUGUUUUUGAAGAGUAUGAAACUUGUAAUUGCUCGCCUAAUCAAGAAUUUUAAAUUCCAGAUUUAAACAUUAGCUCUAUUUAAAAGGGAGAAUUUGUUUCAGAAAAUAAAAAUUGCAAUUCUUUUUUUAUUUAAGGUUGGUUUAAAAUUUAAUAAAUUAUGGAUAAAGACUAUGUAUAUCUUUAUCCAUUUAUAAAAUUAGCAGGCAAUUUUGAAAAUCCAAAUUUAUCUAGUAAUAAUUUAUCUCCUGUUUAAGUAUUUUAUAAAUUGUCCAAUAUUUAACAUUAAAUUCUAAUUACUACAUAUAGUUUCACUUUUCCAUCAGUAACAAUAGAUUUCUAAGCUAAUCCUUUUUUAAUUGAGAAAACUUUUGAUAUUGUAAACAGUAUUACAUUAUGGCAUAAGAUUUAGAUUUAAUUGGAAAAUAGUUUAAUGGAUAUCUAGAUUAAAUUCUAUGAUAACUAUAUGAUUCAUGAAUAUAAUUAAUAAUUAGAAGUCCGUUAAUUUUAAGAGAAUUAAUUUAAAUUAUAAUUAGGAAAUUAUUAAUAGCUUGAAACAAAUCAGGUAAACUUAUUGAUACGAAACUUUGUUUUUUUUAAUUGUAAUUAAUCUUUUUCUUAAAAUAAUUGCCAUUAUACUUGUUAGGAAUGUGAUGGACCAACAAAAGAUGAUUGUUUAUCAUGUUCCGAAGAAAGCAAGAGAAUUUAUUUACCUGAAUAUAAAGUAUGUGUUUGUCCAUUAGAUACAAUCGAUAAUUUAAUUUGUAUAGAUUAUGUUGUAGCAUAGAUGAUGUUAAUCGAAGGAACAAUCGAAGGAACAUUUAUCAACUAAGAAUGCCAAUAUGGCUAUUAUGAAUUAGAUGAUGAAUGCUAGAAAUGGUAUUUAUAAUUAUAAUUUAGUCCUUCAAUUAUCAAUUAAUAUUUGAUAACUUGUUUAGAAUGCAUCUAUAAUCCUAAAUCCUUUAGUAAAAAGCCAUAUUGCGCAGAUGUUUUAUCUAUUAGUUAAACAAGCUAAACAGAAAAUGUUUACUGGUAAUUGCCAGAAUUAUUACUUUUUGAUGGCAUUGAUUAGAAUAAUUUUGCAUGUGUAAAUUGUGAUAGCUUAAUCGAUAAUGAAUUAGAAAAUAUAUAUUUUGACUUCACAUAAAAAUCUUUAUAUUUUAGAAGCAUAUGUAUAACAGAAGAAUUUAGAUGUUAUUAAGUCAGUCAUUUUGAAUGUCCUGAAUAUCAUUUAUCAAUAGCUGGUAUUAAAUGUUCCUCAAAAAAGGAUGAAUUUGAAAAUUAUUAAGGAUAAUUUAAUCCAUAAUUUGAUUAUAUUAUUACUUUUAAUUGUCAGUCUCCUAACUAUAUUACAAACCUUUACAAAUGCAAAUUAUGCCCUAUAAAAAACUGUAUAUAUUGUUUUGAAUACCAAUAAGGAGAUUCUUCCUUUAAAAGCACCUUGUAUAAGGAUUUUGAAAAUUUUGAAAUAGAUUAAAGUGUGUCAAUUGGUUGUGCGAUGUGUGAAUAAAAUUAUAUAUUUGAUUUUACUAUUGGCGAAUGCAUAAAAUAAUAAUCAAAAAUAUAAACAUGUUUGAGAUCUUUCAUAAAUUUGAAUGGAUAGGAAAUUUGCACACUUUCUUCCCUCAAUGAUUUUAGCAUUUCACCUGAAAUUAUAAAUUGCCAGAAAUAUUACUCUAAUUGCUUGCAAUGCGUCCUCACUCCCAAGACCAAAAUACAAUGUAUACAUUGUAGUUAAGGAUAUUUCAGUUCUUUGAUAACUGGGGACUGUAUUAAGAAUUAUUAACUGUAUAUUAAUGAAAAUACUUAUUCUCAUAUUUUAACAGAUGGAUAAAGAUCAGAUACAUGGGUUGUUAUGAUUUAAAGUUUUAUGAUGCAAUUUUUACUAUCUCAAUAUUAUUAUCCACAUUCUCUUGAUUCACCAAAUAUAUAUGAGCUUAAAUGUAAAGAUGGCUAUUAAUUUACUAAAUUAUAAUCAUGCCAAAAAUAUUGUAGUAAUGAUUGUUUAAAUUGUUAACAAGAUUAUGAGAGAUUUAAUUGUAUGUAAUGCUCUUUGAAUUACUACAAAAAACCUAUAAGAGUUGAAAAAGAUGGUCAAUGUGUUAGUUGUUCUCACUUAUGCCAAUACUGUUAAGAAAGAGAUGAGCAGGAAAUAUAUGUAUUAUCUUAUACUAAAAUAGGCUGUUCAACCUAGUUUUGUCUUAACAAAUGAAAAUGCUAAAUAUACAAUGAAAUGUAUUAAACCACUUGAAGAUCCUAAAAUAUUUAUAAAUCCUUACACAUCUAUUGUUAAAUAUUGUUUGAAUGAAAGUUGUUAAAAUCAUUUGUCAUACAUAUUCUAUUUUAGUAAUUGUAUUUUCAAUAGAUAUGUAGCUGGAGGUUAUGAAGAAGAAAUAAAUUUUCAAUAUUCUAAUCUAAUUGGGGUUGAUGAAAUGACAAUUGAAUUUAUAAUCAACAUUUAAUUUCAAGAAAAGUGUCAGUUUCACAAACCUCUCCAAAUUCUAACCUAAUUAAAGAAAUAAAUAUUUUCUCUUUAAAAAAUUAAUUUGAAUCUCUUCUCUAUUUAUGAAAAUAUUUAUUAUACAACAGAAAUUACUGAAAUAAUUAAUUUUGAUUCAAUAAUAAUCUAAAAUGUGAGCAUAAGUUUGUAAGAAGAUGGUUUCAUAUUGAGAAAUAAUAACAAUAAAGUCGAAAUAACAUUAAAAAAUAUAAUUUUAACUAAAAGCAAUAUUAUUGAGAAGACAGUGUUUUAAAGUUAAGUAUUUGGGAAUAUUUAGAUUGAUAAUUUUAAUAUAGAAGAUUCUAUAAUUUAGAACUCUUUCUUUUUCGAUUAUUAGAACUCAUAAAGUAAAAUAUUUUUGAAAAUAAAAAAAUUAUCAUUUAGGAAUUGCUAAUUAAGAAACUCAACAUUAUUUUAAAUAAAUGACAAUUAAAUAUAGAUAGACAUUUAAGAUAUUAUUAUUGAAAACUGUUUGAUUGUAGAUUCCUCAUUUUUUUCUUUCUAAACAAAUUAAAUCAAUCUUAAUAAGGUCAUAUUGUAAGGUGUUGAAAUACUAGGAUGUAAUUUUUCUUAUUCAUAUUUUAUCAAGAUUUAUAAUGGAUUUUCAAUAAUUGCAAGUAAUCUAUACUUUCAUGAUAAUUAGCUAUAGAACUCAAUAUUGAUAGCAUUUAAUGAUAAUAUAGAAUUAAUUUAAGUAAAAACAAAUAAGAACAUUCUUAUCAAAUCUUCAAUUAUCUCUACAUUGCAAAUAGUAAAUUAAUAAAAAGUUUUGUGUAUUAUUAAUGAUUUUGAAGAUAGUUAGACUAAUUUUUAAGAAUCAAGCAUGAUUAUUAUUUAUCCUAAUCUUUAAAUUAAUAAUUAUAUAGUAAAUUUAAAAAACAUAAAAGUUUAAGGAAAUCAAAUAGUUGGUACAAAAGAUUAAUAAAUAUUUUUAUUUAAAUUUCAUUGUCAUAAUUUAUUUAUAGAAAAUACUUCAUUCUAAGAUUUGAAUAAUUUAGUUAUUUUCUAUCUUUUUGAGAUUAUGUAGAUAGUUUUAGAAAAUGUAAGAUUUGUAAAUUCAAAAUAAUAAUAUAAAGUCCCUUUAUCUUAAGAAUGUACUUAAUCUAUAUACAUCAAGAAUUAACUCUUAAAAUUAGCUGGUUUCUAAUUUUUGUAAUUGGAAAAUAUUUACAUUAUAAAUGUAUUUUCUAAUAACUACUCACUAAUGGAUAUAAUAUUUAGUAACUAUUUUAUUAUAGACUAAAUUGGAUAAGUGUAUUUUAAAAAUAUCUAAUUUAAAGAAAAUAUUUUAUUAAAGAAUUAAUAAGCAGUGUCAUUGUCCUUGCUUAGUCUAUAUUCAUAACAUAAUUUAAAAAUUAAAUUAAGUGAGAUUUUAUUUAUUUAAAAUAUAAUUCAUUAAUAAAUUGACGAUUCUACAGAGGAAUAAACUAGUUUAUUAUAUAUAAAUUCAUUAAACAGCAUUAUUUAAAUUGAUAAUUUAUAUUGCUCUCAUAAUGCUCUAACAAAUUCAACUAAUUCAUAUCUUAGUCUUAGUGCUAAUUUAAUUGAGAUUAAAAAUUUUAAUAUUUUUAAUUAAAAUAUAUUAUCAUAAAAUCAAUGGUAACAAUUUUAUGAAUUUGUACUAGAUGAUUAAUUUAACCAGGAAGAAAUAAAUACCAUAAUUCAGUCAACCCUUAAAAUUUUAAAUCAAGGAAUAUUGAUUAUAGCUUCUAAUUUCAGUUGUACAAACUGUCAAUUUUAAGAUAUUCUUACUGUUAAAAGUUCAAUUUUUGAGAUUAGAACAAAAGGAUAAGGAUUAAUUAUUCUCAAUAACCUUUAGAUUAAUUCCAUAAUGACUAAUUUAAGAAAGAGUGAAAGUUCCGGUUGUAUAACUAUAGUUUCUACAAAUAGUUUUUUAAAUCUUUAAUUAGAAAGAAUAACAUUUAAAAACAUUUUCAAUAGAAUGAAUCCUUCAUUAUUUACUAUUUCACCAUCUUCACACUCGAAUGUUAUUAAAUUAAAUAAUAUUAUUAUUGAAAAUUGCCUAUCCUUAGUGAAUACGAUACUUUUCCUUAAAGUUCAAAAUGAAGCUAUGUAAUCAAGCUUGGUAAGUAUUAAUGAUUUAACAAUUUUUUAAAGUGAAGAAUAGUGGCUAAAACUAUUUUCUAAAAUUGGUGUGAUAUCAAAGUCUGAAAUGAAUAUUAUAAAGAGUGAAAAUAAUGGACUAAUCUUAAUUGAAAAUUGCAAAGUUGAAAUUAAUAAUUUUAAUUUUGAAGGAAUUUCGAUUUCAUCAAUAUUAACUAUUUUAAAUACAAAUUACAUUAAAAUUUCUGAUUGUAAGAUAACUAAUGUAUAAUAAUUAUAUUCAUUUGAUCUAAUACAUUUAACUUAAGCAACAAUUUCAUAAUCUAUUAUUUUGAUCUAAUAACUAAAAAUAAUUUAGAGUUCAAUAUAUGAUAUCAAAUAAGACAAAAUACCUAUUUUUUAAGAUUAUAAUUAUUAAAUAAUUGGAUGUGAUAUGUGGAAAAACUCUUCUAUUUAGGAAUAAAUCGUAUUUUCUGAGAUUAAAUCUUAAUUUUAAUCUUCUGAUUUUCAAUUUAAUUAGAUGAUUUAUGUGAAUAGCAAAUCAGAAUUAAGCUCUAUUAUCUUUUACUAAAUAGACUUAAUUGAUAAUAAUGAAUCAUAAUAUUCUAAAGGAAUAAUCACUUUUGUUAUUGAAAAAUUCAAGAAAAUCUAUUUAGAUAAUAUAAUUUGUUAUUAAAAUAGCGUGAAAUAAAAUGGUUGUAUUAAUUUAUUGAAUUCUAAUUUUAUCAAUUCGACAAUUAGAAUCAAAGAUUCUUAUUUCAUAAAGAAUACUGGUAGCCUUGGAGCAGCAAUUUAAAUUGCUAAUGUUAGACUAAAUAUGAAAAAUUGCAAAAUAAUUUAAAAUUAUGCUAGUGAAUUUGGAGGAGGAAUGCACUUAUAAUUAAAGGAUAACUACUUUUAAAUUAAAUCAACCAUCAUUACUAAUAACACAGCUUAAGAUGGAGGGGGAAUCUAUUUCAAAGAUGCCGGAAAAUUGACUCUUACUAAUUUUAUUUAAUCUUUUUUACUAUUCAAUCAGGCAUUUUAGUUUGGAAAUAACCUUAUUGAAUCUCCUCAUCAUUUGGCAUUAAUAAUAAAUAAUAAGGAAAUGAAAUCAAGAUAGUAAGUUAUCAAUAAGAUUAUGAUUGAAUAUUUAAUUCUUAAAUAGUAUAAAAUUAUUGAAUAAGGAACCCCUCUAAUUAAAAAUUUUUUAAUGAUCCCAAGUAAUUAAGUUAUUCUUACUUAUAAAAUCUAUGAGCCUUAAAGCUUGUAAUAUUUUUCAUAUAUAUCAAAUCUUGGACUAAUUUUAAAAAAUAGUCUAAAUGAAAAACUUAAGAAUUAUUUAAAUUCUACUUGCACUCUGAUUACUAAAGUAAUUGAUGGAGAGAACUUAAAUUAGGAAGGAAAAUUGAAUGAAUAAAAAAAUUUGCAAUAUGACAUUUAAGAAGAUUACUACGAUUUAGGCUCUUACUCUUUCACUUUUGAUCCUUACAAUGAAGAAUAAAAAAGGUUAUAAAUUUAAAUCAAUUGUUUCUCAGAUUAGGUAUAAAAAAUCUUUGGAUAUGUUAUGUUAGCAAAAAGCUUAAAAUGCUAGCUUGGAGAAUUUUAUGUGAAUUCUGGUUGUUAGAUUUGUUAAUCAAGUUAAGGUUUUUAUUCGGUUGUAUAUGAUGCACCAAAGUGUUCUAUUUUUGAUAAAACCAAAUUUAAGAAUAUAACAGAAAAUAAUAUUGAAUUAUUGGAAGGUUUUUGGAGACCAGAUUAUUUGUCUGAUUUAAUAGAGUAAUGCUUUAAAAAUUUGAGAUUCUGUAAGGGUGGAUGGGGAUAUGGUGAUUUAAUCUGCUCUCAAGGACGAAUUGGAGCUUUAUGUGAAGAAUGUGAUAUCUAUAAUAUUAGAGGAGAUGGGAAAUAUUUUAAAAAUUAAUAGGACUCAGAAUGUAUAUCUUGUUUUGGUGUUUCGGAUAGUAUAAUUCCCUUUAUUGCAUCUUCAAUUUGGUAAUUUCUUAAUUGAAUAUUUAGGUCAUUUUUAUCAAUCAUCAUAACAUUAAGAAGUAUUGAAGAGUCUAAUCAAUUAUUUAAAUCUUUAGUAUUAAUAUAAAAAUAUGGAAAAAUACUAUUUAAGUUAAAUUAAGGUAUAUAUCAUUAAUUAUUAUAAGGACAUGAAAGUUUUUUUAUUAAAAUGUUGUUAAAUUAUUUGUGGAUUUUCUCUGCUAUCUUUACUUUUAAUAUAUAGUUUUCUUUUUCAUUCACUUUUAUUGAUUCAGCUAGUAAUACUUCCUAGUCAAUGACGAAUAAUUUAGAUUGUUAUUUAUCAGAAAGUUAAUCUAUAAAAUUGAUUUAUACUAAAAUAAUUACUAUGCUAUCCCUAAUGUCUACUUAAUUUAUCCUUGUUACUAUGGGAUUUCUCAUUUACUUUAAGCAUAAAAAAUUAAAUUUAUCCUUUUUUUAUUUUGAUACUAUAUCUAAUAGUUUGCUAUAUUUGUAUGUAUCAAAUUAUGGUGGAUUAAUUAAAAUGUAUUUAAUUUUUAAGAAUAUUAGGUAUUUUUCUAUUCUUUCAAGAAGGGAAAUAUCAAAUCAAAACUACAUUUAAGGUGAUGUUUCAUUACUUUUUGGAACAAGAGAACAUUUAAUUUGGAUGUUUUUCUUCGUUAUACCAGGAAUAGCAUUUUUUUGCUUGAUCAUUCCUCUUUCACUUUAUAUUUUAAUGUAUGUUAAAAGACAUGAUCUUGAAACUAUUAAAAUUAGAAAAAAUUUUUGUUAUCUUAUUAAUGAAUAUGAAAAUAAAACUUACUUUUGGGAAAUAAUUAAAUUAAUUAAAAAGACUAUUAUGAUCUUAAUAUUAACAUAUUUUGAAACUCAUAUCCUACUAAAAGCUUCGUUAUUGGGGUUAUGUCUACUAUUUUACUAAUUAAUAGCGGUGAAAAAUAAGCCAUUCAACCUAUAGAAUUUAAAUAAUUUGGAUUUAUUUUCAGGUUAGAUUUGUUCUAUUGCAAUAUUCCUAGCUGCUGCUAAAUAUGUAUCAGAAUAAGAAAAUAAUUAAUUUUCUUCAAAAUCACUUCAGACAUUUAUAGUCCUUCUUUGUAUUAGACUUUGCUAUCCAUUCAUUUCAAAUAUAUCUGGUGUUUACUUUAAAAAUUAUUAUUUUCUUAUAAUCAAUAAAUCAUAUUAAAUUAUGUAAAAGAUAUCAAAGAAAUCCAGAAUAACAACAAAAUUAUCAAUAAAUUUAUAGAUGCAUAGUUCUAAAAAGAAGAGAUAAAAANUUUCGGAUAGUAUAAUUCCCUUUAUUGCAUCUUCAAUUUGGUAAUUUCUUAAUUGAAUAUUUAGGUCAUUUUUAUCAAUCAUCAUAACAUUAAGAAGUAUUGAAGAGUCUAAUCAAUUAUUUAAAUCUUUAGUAUUAAUAUAAAAAUAUGGAAAAAUACUAUUUAAGUUAAAUUAAGGUAUAUAUCAUUAAUUAUUAUAAGGACAUGAAAGUUUUUUUAUUAAAAUGUUGUUAAAUUAUUUGUGGAUUUUCUCUGCUAUCUUUACUUUUAAUAUAUAGUUUUCUUUUUCAUUCACUUUUAUUGAUUCAGCUAGUAAUACUUCCUAGUCAAUGACGAAUAAUUUAGAUUGUUAUUUAUCAGAAAGUUAAUCUAUAAAAUUGAUUUAUACUAAAAUAAUUACUAUGCUAUCCCUAAUGUCUACUUAAUUUAUCCUUGUUACUAUGGGAUUUCUCAUUUACUUUAAGCAUAAAAAAUUAAAUUUAUCCUUUUUUUAUUUUGAUACUAUAUCUAAUAGUUUGCUAUAUUUGUAUGUAUCAAAUUAUGGUGGAUUAAUUAAAAUGUAUUUAAUUUUUAAGAAUAUUAGGUAUUUUUCUAUUCUUUCAAGAAGGGAAAUAUCAAAUCAAAACUACAUUUAAGGUGAUGUUUCAUUACUUUUUGGAACAAGAGAACAUUUAAUUUGGAUGUUUUUCUUCGUUAUACCAGGAAUAGCAUUUUUUUGCUUGAUCAUUCCUCUUUCACUUUAUAUUUUAAUGUAUGUUAAAAGACAUGAUCUUGAAACUAUUAAAAUUAGAAAAAAUUUUUGUUAUCUUAUUAAUGAAUAUGAAAAUAAAACUUACUUUUGGGAAAUAAUUAAAUUAAUUAAAAAGACUAUUAUGAUCUUAAUAUUAACAUAUUUUGAAACUCAUAUCCUACUAAAAGCUUCGUUAUUGGGGUUAUGUCUACUAUUUUACUAAUUAAUAGCGGUGAAAAAUAAGCCAUUCAACCUAUAGAAUUUAAAUAAUUUGGAUUUAUUUUCAGGUUAGAUUUGUUCUAUUGCAAUAUUCCUAGCUGCUGCUAAAUAUGUAUCAGAAUAAGAAAAUAAUUAAUUUUCUUCAAAAUCACUUCAGACAUUUAUAGUCCUUCUUUGUAUUAGACUUUGCUAUCCAUUCAUUUCAAAUAUAUCUGGUGUUUACUUUAAAAAUUAUUAUUUUCUUAUAAUCAAUAAAUCAUAUUAAAUUAUGUAAAAGAUAUCAAAGAAAUCCAGAAUAACAACAAAAUUAUCAAUAAAUUUAUAGAUGCAUAGUUCUAAAAAGAAGAGAUAAAAAGAAUUAAUCAAAAAAUUAAGAUAAUACCUUAUGAGAGUUUCAAAAUCCCAACUUUAAAAUAAUAAGUAUUAUCUUUUAUAAUAUAGAAUAAUGUUAUCUACAAUAAGGCUCAAUCCAGAUGAUGAUACUUUAAACUCAUAGUCAAAAUAAAAAUAUAGGAAUGAAAUAAAAAUUGUUGAUUCGAACCAAAUAUAAUUUUGGAAACUUGAUUCUGAAUGA